AAAUUCGUUUCGAUUCCGACAUAUUGACGCAAGCGUAUUUAGCAGACGAUCACCAGGCGUUAAUAUGGGAUAUUCAGUCGAUGCCUCGGGCAAUCGAAGACCCGAUCUUAGCUUACCGAGCAAGCAGCGAAAUUAACCAGGUGCAUUGGGCAAAUAGUCAGCCCGACUGGAUCGCAAUCUGUUUUAAUAAUUGUUUGGAAAUUUUACGAGUCUGACA